UUUCCGAUUUAACACAAUGCUUAAGUGAUUUGCUGUUUGAUAAUUGUGAUGGUCAGAUGUUUAGUUUAGAAAGUGAAGCCAAUGAUUUACCGUUUGAUAAUUGUGACAGUCAGAUGUUUAGUUUAGAAAGCAAAACCAAUCUAACGUUUGAUUCAUGGGAAGAUGAAGACAACUUUAUGGAAUCUUAUGGAAAAAAUAAUAGUUAUAAAUGUUCACAUUCGCAGGUACAUAAGGCAAAAAAAGUGGUAGAUAUUACCAAACAGCAUGAUAGUUAUUCUACAGCAAUUAAGUGCGAAUGGCUUGUGAAUUUUAAUAAUCAAAAAGAUACUACCCAGAUAGUUUGCACUUCAUUUGAAAACAAACACAAUCAUGUAAUGAAUCCAAUAAUCAUUCAGAUGGCACCACGGUUUCGUAAAUUGUCUCGUGAAAUGUUGGAUGAUAUAGAAUUUUAUACGCAUUCUGCAAAGGGUAUGAGUGCUAAAAUGCAAUAUAAUCUUUUAAAGGUGAAAUAUCCAGACAAUGAUGCUGCGGAAACUCUUAAAAAAUUAAUAGAAUUAAAAGCAGAUGAUUCCGAAUGGGUUGUUGUUCCUAAUAUUAAAGGUGAAGGAAAUAGCCUGUUUGAAGUUGAUUUUGAGCGUUGCUGGGCACAAUUUGUACAAUUUCUUAAUCUAUUUCCUAAGGCGUCAUGGUAUGUGCUUGAAACACUUUAUUCUACAUAUCAAAGCUGGGCAGUUUGCUACACACAAACAAGAUUUACUGCCGGCAUUCAAAGUACCCAACGGGUUGAAAGAAUGCCUCAUAUUGCUAAUCGAUAUUUUCUAGCUAUUGAUUCCCUACUUCAAGAAUACUUGACCCCACAUAUUAUUUCUCUUCAGCGACAACAACUUUCUGAAAGCUUCUUGUAUGAUGCUACCGAAAUGUCAUAUGAUUGGGAUACACUUCCACUUGA